AUGGCUCCAAACCCAGUAUCUCAUAUCAACAUAGGCCACAUCGAUGAUGUUCAAGAAUUGAGAAAGAGUAAAUCAUCACAUAUUCCUGAAAGAUUUAUCAGGGACACGACUGAACGGCCUAAAUUCGACAAAGAUAUUGUGUCUUUGACGAACAAUAUCCCAGUUAUUGAUUUGUCAAAACUCUUUAAAGGCAAUAAGGAUGAAUUCUCGAAUGAAAUCUUGAAGCUGACAGUUGCUUGUCAAGAAUGGGGCUUCUUUCAGGUGAUUAAACAUGGAAUUGAUUUGGAGUUGCUAGAGAGUAUAGAGAAGGUGGCUCUCGAGUUUUUCUCGAUGCCUUUAGAGGAGAAACAAAAGUAUCCUAUGAUUCCUGGGACUGUACAAGGAUAUGGUCAGGCUUUUGUUUUCUCAGAAGACCAGAAGUUGGAUUGGUGCAACAUGUUUGCUCUUGGUUUGGAGCCACACUACCUUAGGAACCCAAAAUUAUGGCCAACUAAGCCAUCAAAUUUCAGUGAAACUGUGGAGGAAUACUCGAGAGUGAUUCGAAAAUUGUGCAAGAAUUUACUGAAGUACAUAUCGAUCAGUCUUGACCUUAACAAUGACGUUUUCGAGGAAAUGUUUGGUGUGGCUGUGCAAGCAGUUAGAAUGAACUACUAUCCGGCAUGCCCUAGGCCAGACCUUGUUUUGGGCUUAAGUCCCCAUUCUGAUGGAAGUGCCCUUACUGUUUUACAACAAGGAAAGGGAAAUUCAGUUGGCCUUCAAAUCCUAAAAGACAAUUCUUGGAUCCCAGUUCAGCCAAUUUCUAAUGCUCUAAUUGUCAAUAUUGGGGACACCAUUGAGGUUCUAACGAAUGGCCGAUACAAGAGUGUGGAGCAUAGAGCGGUGACUCAUAAAGAAAAAGACAGACUCUCCAUUGUCACAUUUUAUGCUCCGAGUUAUGAAAUAGAACUUGGACCGAUGCAAGAACUUGUGAAUGAAAACAACCCUUGCAAGUAUAGAAGAUACAACCAUGGAGAGUAUAGCAAGCACUAUGUCACCAACAAGCUUCAAGGCAAAAAGAGCCUUGAAUUUGCAAAAAUCAAUCCUAACUUGGAAUUUGAAUAUUAG